CUUCCUUUAUUUGCAACAUUAUUAAUGUGUUCCGCUGUUAAAUCAUAUCCACGACUUUUGCUCUUCCUCUUCCCUCUCUUUUCUUCUCACUCCCACUCGACCUACUUGUCUCCUUCCUAUUGCACGCUGACUCAUUCGCCAUUAACGCACCUUCAAGAUCUCUCUGUUCGCCACCCAAUUCUCUAACUCCAACACCACAAUGUCCGUCUUCCCUUUUCUAAUUCUUCCAUUCCUGAAAAUACCCCUUUGAUCUUCUUCUGUAACUGACCGUCAUACCAUCAAUCUUCCAUACCCUUUUCAAUUCCCCUACUGCGCAUUUUCGCUCAUGGGACAUUUCUCUCAGAUUUACUCUUAUGAUGGGUUUUGCGCUAACUCUGCGUCAAUGAGAAAUGGGUCGGUCUCCACUUCUUCAUUAGUGCUCGAUAGCGAGAGGGACGAGCUUGUGGAGGCUCCAUUGAAGCUCGAGAGUAAAGGGGUUCCAGCUGAAAGGAGCGCUGCGGCGCUGAAGAACCAUAGCGAGGCUGAGAGAAGGCGUAGAGCGAGAAUCAAUGACCAUCUUGGGAUUCUUAGAAGUCUUGUUCCUGGUGGGAAGAAGAUGGACAAAGCAACACUUCUUGCUGAAGUAAUUAGCCAUUUGAAUGUGCUGAAAAGAGCUGCUGCAGAAGUUAGUGAUGCACAUAUCAUACCAGAAGAAAGUGAUGAAAUAACAGUUGAACAGGAAGAUGGAUUCAAUGGAGUGCCAUAUUCGAUUAGAGCAUCGCUGUGUUGUGAUUAUAAACCCGGAUUGCUACCUGAUUUAAGAAGGGCACUUCAUGCACUGGAUCUGAUUAUACAAAGGGCAGAGAUUGCUACCUUAAAUGGCAGGAUGAAGAAUGUGUUUGUGUUAACCAGCUGCAAAGAAGGAAACAUUGAAACUACUGAAUUGCGGCGGUUCCUUGAGACCUCCGUGCACCAAGCUAUCAAAUCUGUGCUUAACAAGUUCUCGGAUCCACAAGAGUUUUCAUUUAUGACAUUUCCAAACAAGAGACGGCGAAUUUCUCUGUUCAAUUCAUCAAGUUCAUCUUCCAUGGGUGAUUUCUGGUGAGCAUAUGAUUUCUUUGUACUGGUUUUUUGCCUCUUUAAUUUUGAGUUAAUAUAUGUCCAUAAGACUCAAGAAACAGGCCUGUGGUGAUAAAUGAGUAAUGAUAAUGAUGAAUAAUCCAUCUACUAGAAUAGUACAAGGGAGGCAUACAAAUUACACUAAUAUGUUAAGCCAUCAUUUCAAAUGACAGGAGUGACUAAAUAGAUUGUGUUACAAAUAUGUAUCUUCUGAAUUCAUUUACGAAUAUUUGUGGAAAUUGUAUCUUUGUUCAGUGAUAUAAUGUAAAAAUUAAAAGUAACCAUACCAUUACCAA